AUGGCUACGAGGUGGUUUACUGAGUUCCGUUGUGGUCGUACCAGCACAAGUGACGCUGAACGUUCAGGUCGCCCAAAAGAGGUCAUCACGCCAGAAAUCGUCGAUAAAAUCCAUGAAAUAAUAUUGGACGAUAGGAUAGUGAAAGUGCGUGAGGUGGCUGAGGCUGUAGGCAUCUCGACUGAGCGGGUACAUCUCAUUUUACAUGAAUAUUUGGACAUGAAAAAACUAUCCGCGAGAUGGGAGUUUGACGAUGUUCAACCGCAAUCCGAACGAGUUUUUGCGCCGUUUCGUAACCGUGAACGAAACGUGGAUCCUUCACAACACACCAGAGACCAAGGAAUAAUCGAAACAGUGAGUUUCUUCAGGUGA